CAUACAGCAUACUACAAAUAGACAAGAUGAUCGAUUGAACAAUAGCAAAUAAUAUUGGAUAACUAUGAUAAUAUCUCGGCGGGAAACGAUGAUUACAAAGAUUUCAUGAUAUUUUAUUAGCUUAUUUUCGAUGCUGGUCUGUCGAUGUUGUAGGAUAUCAACUAUUUAAGGUAUUGAAAAGAAGAAAAAGACAAGUGGAAGUAUGAAUGUCUGCGAAGAAGAAAAACUACAAUUUUGGGACGAAAUAAGAAAGCAAGUUGAAUGUGGUGAAAACAAAGAAGAUCGUUGGAAGAGGACAAUUCUUUGGCGCGCUUUUCAGUUCAGCCCAGUUGAUAAAAAAAUUGUCAAUUAUUUAGUUGAACAUGGGGCAGACAUUUAUUCCAAGAACCAAGAUGGUGAAACAGUUUUUUGGAUGGCGACGAAAAAUGGUUUAUUUGAUCUUGUUAAGUAUUUUGUUCAAUAUGGCCCUGAACAUAAUUUUCGAGACGAUUACAUAGCUCUUCAAAAGGCAAUACAGUCUUCAUCGUUAGAAAUUGUGAAAUAUUUCGUUGAUGAUUGUGGUGCUGAUAUAAAUUUUAAAGAUAGGUCAGGCAAAACUGCUUUACAUUAUGCAGUUCACGUUGGUGUAACAGACAUUGUCAUCUACUUAGUAGAACAGGGCGCUGAUGUUAAUGUCAAGGACACUGACGGGUGGACAGUGCUGUACACUGCUGUUUCUGAAGGUAGGCUAGGAAUGAUAAAAUAUCUUGUUCAACAGGGAUCUAAUGUGAAUAGCAGCAAUACUGACGGCUGGACAUUGCUGCACAGUGCUGUUUCUAAAUGUACGUUAGAAAUAGUAAAAUAUCUUGUUGAACAUGGCGCUGAUGUAAAUGGCAAGGACACUGACGGGUGGACAGUGCUGCACACUGCUGUUACUGAAGGUACGCUAGAAGUGGUGAAAUAUCUUGUUGAACAGGGCUCUAGAAUAAAUGGUGAAAAUACUAAAGGGUGGACGGUGCUGAGCUAUGCUGUUACUACAGGAAUGCUGGAAAUAGUGAAAUACCUUGUCGAAAUGGGCGCUGAUGUAAAUGGCGAAAAUACUCACGGGCGGACAGUGCUGCAUGCUGCUGUUACUAAUGGUACGCCAGAAAUGGUUAAAUAUUUCGUUGAAAAGGGUGGUGAUGUAAAUGGCCAUGAUACUAACGGGUGGACAGUGCUGCAGGCUGCUGUUACUAAAGGUACGCUAGAGAUGGUAAAAUUUCUUGUUCAACAGGGCGCUGAUGUAAAUGGCAAGAAGACUAACGGGUGGACAGUGUUACACUAUGCAGUUAUUAAAGGUACGCUGGAAAUGGUGGAAUAUCUUGUUAAAAAGGGCGCUGAUGUAAAUGGUGAAGAUAGUUACGGGUGGACAGUGCUGCACCAUGCUGUUCAUAAAGGUAAGAUAGAAAUGGCAAAAUAUCUUAUUGAAAUGAGCGCCGAUGUAAAUGGCGAAGAUAGUUACGGAAGGACAGUGCUGCACGCUGCUGUUAGUAAACGUAGUACGCUAGAAAUGGUGAAAUAUCUUGUUAAAAAGGGCGCUAAUGUUAAUUUCAAAGAUUCUUACGGGCGGGCAGUGCUCCACGCUGCUGUUGCUAGUGGUACGCAAGAAAUGGUAGAAUAUCUUGUUGAAAUGGGCGCUGAUGUCAACGGCGAAGAUAGUUACGAGUGGACAGUGCUGCACGCUGCUGUUACUAAAGGUACACUAGAAAUGGUGAGAAAUCUUGUUGAAAAGGGAGCUGAUGUAAAUGGCAAGAUGACUAGCGGGUGGACAGUGCUGCACGCUGCUGUUACUAAAGGUACGCUAGAAAUGGUAAAAUAUCUUAUUAAAAAGGGCGCUGGUGUAAAUGGCAAAGAUAUAUAUAGGUGGACAGUGCUGCACGCUGCUGUUACGGAUGGGUCUCCAGAAAUGGUAAAAUAUCUUGUUGAAAAGGGCGCUGAAGUAAGUGGCAAGAUGGCCAGCGGGUGGACAGUUUUGCACGCUGCUGUUACUAAAGGUAAACUAGAAAUGGUAAGAAAUCUUGUUGAAAAGGGCGCUGAUGUGAACAGUAAGAUGACUAACGGAUGGACUGUGCUGCACGCUACUGUUACCAAAGGUACGCACGAAAUGGUGGAAUAUCUUGUUGAAAUGGGCGCUGAUGUAAAUGGCAAGAACACUAACGGUUGGACAGUGCUGCACUCUGCUGUUACUAAAGGUACGCUAGAAAUAGUAAAAUAUCUUGUUGAAAAAGGUGCUGAUGUAAAUGGCAAGGAUACGGCCGGAAUGACAGCUCUGGAAGCUGCUGUUGAGGCUGGUGAACUAGACAUUGUCAAAUAUUUAGUUGGACAGGGCACAGCUGCCGAGUGGAAAGUUCUGGAUCGUGCUGUUAGAGUUGGUAAAUUAGACAUGGUGAGAUAUUUUGUCGAGCAGGGUGCCGAUGUAAAUGGCGAGGAUGGUGAUGGAUGGACAGUGCUGCACGCUGCUGUCGAUGCUGGUGCAUUAGAAAUUGUCAAGUACUUAGUUGAACAGGGUGCUGACAUAACUCUAAAAAGUAAAAUAAACGUUCAUACUCUUGGCAUUGACAUCUUGAAGAUGGCUGUUGUGAAAAAUUCAGUUGUUUUGGUAAAUCUCCUGUUGCAAAGGAACAUUGUUGUAUUGAGAGCUGGAACAUUUCUUGUUGAAGGAAGGCAAAUGAGUCUUCUUGAAUGGAGUUUUCAUCUUGGCCAUGAUGAAAUUACAACUAUCCUCAAAAGUUCUGUAAAACAUCGUGAGAAAAUUCAGAUGUUGAAAACAAUGAAAUGCAACCAGUUGGAAAAGAUUGAAAUACCCAUGCAGGCUUUUGUCGCAAACAAUCAAUUCAAAAUUGGCGAUGGUGGCUAUUCUUGCGUCUAUGUUGGUCUUAUGAAAGAUGGCAACGAAGUAGCAGUUAAGAGAAUUUUGGUACAAAGUGACGAUAAAACAGUUGAAAACGAAAAGGAAAUCAUGGCUCUUAUUAAAACAGACAACUCUCCAUAUAUUGUGAACUAUCGACAUUUUCACCGUGACGAUACAUUCAUGUACCUUGUUGUUGAACUUUGCGAAGAAAACUUAAGGAAACAUGUUCAUGAAUGUAGUUUUGAACAUCUGCAAGAGCAUGGUCCACGAAUGAUUAAGGAAAUUCUAUCCGGACUUGAAUUUCUUCAUGGUAAAGGAAUAUUGCACAGAGAUCUAAAACCAUCAAACGUUCUGGUUGAUAUCGAAGGUCGCAUGAAAUUAGCGGAUUUUGGAAUAAGCCGCGUUCUUAAUGACGAUGAAACGACAGUUGAAACAUUUGCUAAAGGUACUCCCGGAUGGAUGGCGCGGGAGGUAAUUGAAGCUAUAGACAAAACAGAAAAGGGUCCUUUCAAAAAGAAAUCAGAUGUCCAGGUCGCGGGUAUGAUUGCUUUCUUCAUCUUGACUAAAGGUGACCACCCUUUCGGUUCUUCGUUAGAUCGAAUGAAAAAUAUUUUGAAAGGAAACUCUGUCAAUUUGAAGAAACUUGGUGUUCGUAGAGCCCGAAAGUUUGUUUCGUGGCUGAUUCGUCACAAGAUUGAUGAUAGACCUUAUGCUCACGAAGCGCUGAAAGAUUCUUUUGUUCCCUGAGACUACACCAAAAUACAGAAAUUGUCCACAGAGACUAGCGACGACGAGCUUCGAUCAUGAAGAAAAAAUAUUAUUAGGAUUUGGACAUUUCAAAUCUCUCUAUAUCACAACAUUGUAUUCUUUUGUUGUUGAACUGCAUGAGGCCAAAUCAACACGAUUUACUAUUUUCAUAAUUUACUGCAUAAUACAUGCAUUCAUUUUGUC